AUGAUGAUCCGUAAUUUUGUACUCAUGCUCUCUGCCAUGACGGCCUCUGCGGAGCCGAACCAUACAGCCUUGGUCCAGCCCUUAUACACCCCUCUCACCCUAGGCUCCAUCAAGCCGCAGGGAUGGCUCAAGGACCAACUCCAGCUGGGAGCCAACGGGUUGGGAGGCAAUAUGUUCGAGUUCUACCGCUUCGUCCAUAACUCGCGAUGGAUUGGCGGCGAGGAUGAAUAUUCCGGACUGGCUGAAGCUUCUCCGUAUUGGUUCAACGGAGUCGUGCCCCUGGCUUUUGGACUGGAUGACGAUCGAUUGAAGGACCAAGUCAAGUAUUAUCUGGAUUACGUGCUUGACCACCAGCAGUCAGAUGGCUGGCUCGGAUUCGAGACCACGCCCCAGGAGCGAGGUCUCUGGGGAAGAUGCCUACUCUUGCUGGGAUUGAUUCAAUAUGCGGAAGCCGAUCCUACCCAGACGGAGAGAAUUGUCGACGCCAUGCAUCGGUACGUUCGGAUAGCACACAGUAUGCUGCAGAACAAUUUCACCGGGUUGAUCCAGCACCCUGGUGAUACCUUCGAUGCAUCGGGGUUUGGCGCCGGGCGAACACACGAGCUGCAUAUUCCCCUGCAGUGGCUGUAUGAGAAGUAUCCUCGGAACCAGUCCCAGCUGCUCUGGGACACGAUGGAUCUCAUGAUUGCCGGCGGCAUCAAGGCCGAAGCCGACUGGAGGACGUUCUGGGUGCCGGAUGCCUAUCCUAAAGUGCUGGAGGGCGAUGACUGGGACAUGAGCUGGGUGUUUAUCCAUGGCUUAGGUCUGCGAUACCCCCUAGCUGUCUACCGCAAUACCCACGAGGAGAAGUUGAAAAGCCAGACGCGCACGGCGUUGGAUCUCUUGUCAAAAUAUCACACGUCGCUGGCUGGAGCAAUCAUCGCCGAUGAGUACAUCACCGACUUGAGCCCUACCAAAGGCUCGGAGCUCUGCAUUGCCGCCGAGAUGAUGUUUUCGCUGAACUGGAUCUACCAGUAUCUUGGAGACAACGACGUCGCCGACUGGGCUGAACUGGUGGCAUUCAACGCUCUCCCAGCCGCCAUCUCGCCGGACUGGUGGGCGCAUCAGUAUGUCCAGCAGGAGAACCAGCCCUUUUCCCGUCCCCUGGACCCUGAUGUAUGGACCAUCAACGGGCCUCGUGCCAACAUCUUUGGUCUCGAGCCUGAAUAUCCCUGCUGUCUGGUAAACCACCCCCAAGCAUAUCCCAAAUUCCUCGCCAACCAGUUCGUCCGCACCGCCGACGGCCUCGCACAAAUCUAUCUCACCCCAGGAACGGUAUCGACCACCCUCAAGAACAACAACCACGUCUCCAUCUCUGUCGACACGCAGUACCCCUUCGCCUUCAACUGGACCUACACCAUCACCAGCUCGCACGCCUUUCCAUUCUCCAUCCGCAUCCCCUCCUGGGCCAGCUCAGCCAGCCGCAUCCAAAUCAACCAGGACGAGGCCACCCGUCUCGCCCCCUCUGCCCAAGGCCUGCACACGGUCUCCAUCCCCGCCAGCUCCAACUCCGUCCCGACCACCCUCACCCUCACACUAGACACCACGCCCCGCGUCGUCUCCCUCCCCAACAACACCGCCGCCAUCUACUACGGCCCGCUGCUCUUCGCCCUCGCCGUCUCCAACUCCCCCACCAAAUCCCCACCCCUCGACUACACCAACAUCACCACCGAGCUGCCCGACUCCACCACCUCCCCCGGCCACACCUUUGACAUCACCCUGCACCCCACCUCGCCGUGGAACGUCGCCAUCGACCCCUCGCAGAUCGAGAUCGUCGCGAAAUCCGUCGAUCGUCUGCAGAACCCCAUCUGGGAUCUCGGCGCCCCGCCCAUCGAGCUGCGCGUCGCUGCCGUCGAGAUCGAUUGGCCCCUGAAGUACGGCACGGCGGACGAGCCGCCUGUCAAUGUCAGCACGAAGGGGGACCCGUUCAGCGCGAGGUUUGUGCCGUAUGCGAGUGCCAAGUUGCAUAUGGCGCACUUGCCGGUGGUGGAGUUGGAGAAGGUGGAUUUGAAGGGUCGGAGUGGUCGGGUUUGA